UUUGAAUUUGGCUACGGCGCCUGCGGAUAUACGGAUGAGGAUAGCAAACUUAUAAUCGCCAUUUCUUCCGGGAUUUUUGGCACCGGAGGGCACUGCAGUCAGGUAGGCUAUCUCCUAUUUCCGCAAUGCGGCCGUUGGAUCGGAUUCAUAUCACUAAUACCUAAUACCGACAACGGAAAUAGUGCGUACGGGAAAACGCGUGAUAAAUGCGAGAGUUGUAGCUCAACAAUCCUAGACAUGUCUCCUGGCCUUUUUGAACAACUGAGCACGCUCAACACCGGGGAAAUCCCAAUUUCAUGGGUCUUUAUGAACGACGACUGGUCACCUUAA